CACUGAAAGUCUUCCCCCGCUGGUUUAGGAAACAUUGUAGAGGCUGCUGCAGGUUGUGUUCAUGAUGUCGGGCAGAAAGCCUCGCUCUGUGGCAAACCCUCUGGAGUCUGCGAUCACCACACCGAGCGAGAGGAUACUCAAAGAAUGCCACACUUUAUAUGUCGACAGCGAAAACGGCCUGGUGAAGAUUGCCAGCAGCCUCGGAGUGCGGCUCCUGCCUCCCAGAAAGAAGAUCAUUGUGAUGAUAAUGGGUAACCACUCUGCAGGGAAGAGCUCCUUCAUUAACUGGUAUGCUGAGGAGCACAUACAGAAAGCAGGCGUCGCCAUUGAAACGCAGGGGUUUACGUUCAUCACAAGUGGUCGCAAGAGAGAAUCACUGACGGGGAAUGCAACGCUGCAUCUCUAUCCUCACUUUCGACCACUCCUCGAGUUCAAAGGUGUUAUGGACUAUCUGUCUGCUGAGAUCUCCACCUCCAAACAGAAGAAGUUCAGUCUGGUGACAUUUGUGGACACGCCAGGUUUGGUGGACGGAGACAUGGUCUACCCUUUUGAUGUCAACAGCGCCAUCACCUGGUUGGGAGAACAGGCCGACUUGGUGUUUGUGUUCUUCGACCCGAUGGGCCAGGCGCUCUGCAAACGCACACUCAACAUCGUGGAGAAGCUGAGUGAGAAAUGUGGAGACAAACUGAUGUUCUACCUCAGCAAGGCCGAUGAAGCCGGGAAGGAAACAGACAGACAGAGGGUGAUGAUGCAGAUUGUCCAGGAGCUGUGUCGCCGUCCAGGUCUCAACAAAUGUGGUUUUGACAUGCCUACAAUAUACAUCCCCAACCCACAGAGGCCGAGCCGCUGCGUGAACCAGAUCGACGGCGUGUGUCUGACCAUCGAGAAGACCAUCAACCAGGCCGUUCAGAAGACUUUGGAUCAGCUGGAGAAAGACAGUGACCUUAUUUGUUCCACCAUCAGCAGCAGACUAGAGCAGGACAGGGCCGACGUGACUCACAACAAAAGCGUCCGUCUUCACUCGUUCUUGUGUGGCGCUCUGGGUGUUUUCCUUCCCGCCCUCUUCAUCCUCAGUUUCAUUGUGAACACCGUGUCCAAAGAGCAGCUGGAGGAGCUGCUGGGUGAAGGUCCGACCCGGACUCUCUCCAUCUUCACAGGAAUAGUGAUGUAUUUAUGGGACUGGAUACCAGAAGAUGGACAAGUAGUGUUUGUCAUCAUUUUUGGAGCUUUUUGUUACCUCCUGCUUUUCCUAGCAAAGCAUUUUGCAGGCCGAGGGAAUAAGACUCUGACGAAGAAGGAGAAGAGGACGAUGGCAGAGUACAGUGAUUAUAUUCAGGAUAUCGUCAAAACUAAGAAGGGUAAAUUGUAUGAAUGGUACCUCCAGCAGUGUGCAGCAGAAUAUGACCUCUGACCCCGGGUAAGCUGAAGACAGUUUACACAUGUAUGUCGGCAUAUUGCAACGAGAUUUUUGUGUAUAGCGACUGGUCUUCCACAGUGCACAAUUUGGUGUUUAAAGUGGGAAUCAGUGGGACUUUCUAAAGAGAUGAUCGUCCACCAAAUAUCAGGUUUCUCUCUUGUGUAACCUCUGAAUGCAGCAGAUAUCACUGCCAACAUUUAUCAUCUCAAGAGUUUCGAUUAAAGAUGAAGUGCCUUUAUUAGUCCUUUCUGGAGAAGCUGUGAUUGGUAGUCGUUUGAUGAAAGCAAAUUUCAUAAUGUGAUUUUUUUUUUUGUCAGUUUUUGUAGUUGAUGCCAGAAGGAAGUGUUUACAAACUUUUUCUUAAUUUCUUCAUGAGUAAGUUGCAGCUGCUUUCUGCCAGCAAAAAGUGUUUUUUAUGAUGUUCUCUGUGAAGCCCGUUCUCAAUGUUCUCAAUGUAGUCGAGGUCCUCAAAUCUUACAGCACAGUCCUCAAGUCUGUCAUGUUGUCUUUACAAGGUGCCAGGAUGUCCUACACAUGUCUGACUGUUAGCAAUACUACAGUAACCAAUGCUGUGAUAACACUUGGGCAUUACUGCUGCACAAAUAUCUUCAUACCAAUAAUAAGAAGCUUUCUGCUGCCUCCAAAGUGUCUCUGUCCUGCUAAUAGACAUCUGUUUUGUUGUGUGAUUUGUGCAGCCAUCAGAUAUAUUCAUAGAUGAGUCAUUAUUAUGUAGUAUUUACAUAAACCACAGUCAAGACCUGUGAUGUAGGUACUUUAUUAUAACAGUAUAGUAAAACUGUGACGGCACUGAUGUGUGUCUCCUAGUUGUUAAUGAAGCCUUCUCGUUGUCUAUAGAUCUGUGUAACUCAAAUCUACUAUGUAAUGCCUUCAGUCCGGUGUUUGUUCUGUAGAUAUUUUUAUCAGUCUUCAAGGUGCUUUUUACCCAAAUAAUGUAGACAAACGUCUACGGGCUGUUUGCAAUAUCAUUGUGAACACUGUCAGGUUGUGUUGUGUGUGUUAGAUGCCUCCCAGGUAUCGUCCACAUUAGGGAAAAUCUUUGUUUUAUGAAAUAUUUCAUUUAUAAAUGUAUGUGAAUGUAUCUAUUCUGUGUAAUUCUUCCAAAAAAUAUUUUUAUUGUGUGAAACCGAGGCUCAACUCACUAUAAAUGUUUUUUUUAGUAGUACCGACUCAAAGAAUGAAACUCGUCAUAAAACUGCAAACUAUGCUCUGUCACUUCCUUGAAAGUUAUUAAACAUUUUCUACUGACUUUUA